AUGGUUGCUUCGUACACCUUUGAAGACCUUUCUGGUCCAACACCAACUGUGUCAGACAACCCAUACGACGGCCUCAUAGAAGCUUGCCACGACAACGCUAUUGAGAUUCAAGCUCGCUAUGAAACUCACCGUAGCAACCGAGGUGCACAACAGAAGGAGAAACUCACCUCUUCAGACUUUGCAGGUGUCACUGUUGACACCAUCCUCGCGAAGCUAGAAGAUCAAACCAUCGAACCUGGCUUCAAGGACCCAAGACACUGCCUUGUAUUCUGGGCUCGUCCUCCACCGCAUGUCAAGGCUGUCAUUGCAGAAGUGCAGAAAAGACUCAAGGCAGUCCUCCCCAAUCUCUGGACAAUGCCACAAGACAACCUGCACAUGACAGCUCUAGAAAUUACUCAUUCCUUGACCGCUCCCGAGAUCGACGAGCUAGUCGAACAAAUCCGCCCAGGAAUUCCUUCCAUCACAGACUACACCUACAACCAUCGGGCUCGUGUAGUCAAACCAUCCCUCUCCUAUGACGCUCAAGCAUUUGCCCUUUCUUUCCUUCCUGCAGCCGGCGAGCCCUGCACCGCAGAUCCUUCCCGCAAACCCUCAGACGAUGACUUCACAUAUCACCAUUUGCGUCGCGAUCUCUACGCCUUGAGUUCCGCCACUGGCGUCAAGGUUGCGAGUAGAUAUGUCGUGCCCUCUGCUCAUCUGACGGUAGGCCGUUUCAUCAAGACCUCUGACACAGAGACUGCAGAGGGCAAGGUCGAUCAUGCGCGUAUGCAGGAGCUCGUAAAGACUGUUGACGAAAUCAAUGAAUGGCUCAAGGCCGAGUUCUGGCCUGUAGAGGGCAAGGGUAUCAAAGCUGGCGGCGAAUGGAUCGUUGGCGAGGGAAAGGGUCUUGACAACCGCAAGGGCGCGCUUUGGUAUGGCACUGGAGAAACUAUUAGACUAGGCAAGGGAUUCUAA